UGAAACGGGUGGGAGGAUGGGGGAGAGGCAGUGAGCUUCUUCAAGGACACACCGAAACCCUAACGAGUUCCAAAAUCCACAAAACAAGCCCUUGAAUCCAAGGAAUCAUGAGCAACGAAUAUGAUUAUCUCUUCAAGCUUCUUCUGAUUGGUGAUUCCUCCGUUGGGAAGUCAUGCCUUCUUCUCAGAUUCGCCGAUGAUUCUUAUGUGGAUAGCUACAUCAGUACCAUUGGCGUUGAUUUUAAAAUCAGAACUGUGGAGCUUGAUGGGAAGACUGUUAAACUUCAAAUUUGGGAUACUGCAGGGCAAGAACGGUUCAGAACAAUAACUAGCAGCUAUUACCGUGGAGCACAUGGGAUCAUUAUUGUAUAUGAUGUUACUGAGAUGGAGAGCUUCAACAAUGUCAAGCAAUGGCUAAGUGAGAUCGAUAGAUAUGCAACUGACAGUGUGUGCAAGCUUCUCGUUGGAAACAAGUGUGAUCUGGUUGAGAAUAAAGUUGUUGACACUGAAAAAGCAAAGGCAUUUGCAGAUGAGCUUGGAAUCCCUUUUCUUGAGACCAGUGCUAAGGAUUCAAUCAAUGUGGAGGAAGCUUUCCUGACCAUGUCUGCUGAGAUCAAGAAGAGGAUGGGAAACCAACCAACUGGCAAUAGAAACCCUGCAAACACUGUGCAGAUGAAGGGCCGGCCAAUAGAGCAGAAGAGCAAUUGCUGCAGCUAGCUGUUUCUCCUUUCAUGUGCUUUAUCUGUUACUUCAGUCUGCUAUAUUAAAAAAAUUAGCCCAUGUGUAAGAAUGUGAUGCAUCUUUCUUGAAUGCUUCAAAACUCAAGAUCAACAUGUAUUCCAAACAUUAAAUAUCUCAAUGCAUCAUGAGCUUUAGUAAAAA